UGGGUUUUUAAUGGCCUGAGGGUGGACUAUAAAUGGUGGGUGUUUAAAAGAAGGUGGUUUAGCUUAAGCUUAUACAUAGAGGUUAAAAUAAACAGAACAUUGGCUAUAAUUUAAUUCUCAAAAUAAUCUGGUUUAUGACUUGACUUUAGGCCUCGAAAAUCUUUUCGACGGCCCUGGGAUUGAGGCUUCAUAAUGUAGGGCAGUGUGACAGGCACGAUGAAAGAGUUAAAAAGAAACACACUGAAAUGAACUCCACCCACGCCGCGUCACUCAGUUCGCAGGUGUCACUUCGAGUUUCAGUCCAGUCUUUCCAAACUUGAGUAGGUGAUUCCCACGAACGCACGCGCAGCCCUGCUGAUCCUGCUUCCCGGAACCGGUGCGUCCGAGCUUCUCUGGAAAGUUUCUAAAAGUUUGUAGGUGGGAGGACGGGAGGAGGGAGCUCCGUUUGAGGACCACAGCGGCUCAGCUGAGCUCUCACACACGGAUCGGUCCGGCUCGGAGCUACGGGGAUGUCGGCCGUGAAGAAUCUGCAGCAGUGGUGCCGGGUCCAGUGCAACGGCUACCGGGAUGUGUCCAUCACCAACAUGACCACGUCCUUCAGGGACGGCCUGGCUUUCUGCGCCCUCAUCCACAAACACAGACCCGAUCUCAUCAACUUUGAUUCUCUGAAGAAGGAAAAUGUCUUUGACAACAACAAGCUGGCGUUCAUGGUUGCGGAGGAACAACUGGGAAUUCCAGCGCUGUUGGACGCAGAAGACAUGGUGGCUCUCAAGGUCCCCGACCGCCUCAGCAUCCUGACGUACGUCUCUCAGUACUACAACUACUUCCACGGACGCUCCCCGAUCGGUGGCAUGGCGGGUAUAAAGCGUCCGGCAGACGAACCCACGGAUGAGCCGUCCGGGAAGAAGAACCAGCCGGUGACGGCUAAGGUGUUUCCCUCUAAUAAACCCGCCAGAGAGAACAGCCCACCCCCGUCCUCCAACAUCACCAGGCCCUCUCCUUCUCCGAAAGCAAGCAGAACCUCGCCACAGGAUGUCCUGGUUGAGAAACCCCGUCAGACGGGCACCCUGAGUAAUAAAUGCGUGGUCUGCAACGGGCAUGUUCACCUGGUGCAGCGGUAUCUAGUGGACGGGAAGCUCUAUCACAGGAACUGUGCAAAGACGGUACAAUCCACAAGCGCGCCUCAUCGAGAUUUUCCCUCAUACACCAAUGUCUCCAGAUUCAACCCCCCACCCAGCUCCAGUAAAACCAGUACGACAACUCCUUCCACACCAUCCAAACAGGGACCAACAUGGCUGACCAACAAAACCAGCACCUCUCCCAGCGUCUCCUCAUCAGUUGUCACUUCUCCUCCUGAAAAAACUCAAACAGCUUUUGUCUCCAAACCCGCAGCUUCACAUGGUUCUACCUUCGCUACGACCUUCUCCACCGGCGCCACCUCAAAGCCCACCGCCGCUCCCCUUGCGUCAACCACUGCCGCCAAGACACAAGAGUCUAAGCUCAAGUUUUUACAGGGUGACAAUAAAGAAAAAGUCACCACAAGCAUCAACGUGGACGUAAAUAAGGGCCAGGGUGUGCGUGGUAAGACACAAGAGGUCACUGCUGGUCAGACCGUGUCCUUGGUUGUAAAUGUCGGGGGUAAAGCAGCUUCUGCGGGCGGGAAAGUGAGUUCAAAACAGGAGGACACUACGAGCAAUAAGACAAAAGCAGCAGCAGCUUUUCUCUCCAAGAAACUUGCAGAGGAGAACAACAAUAACAACAGCAAGCCAUCCUGGACCACUGUAGCUCUGAAGAAGACUGACAAACCUAAGUCUCAGGUUGAGACGCCUACAAAGGAGACGGGGAGUGUCAGGGGGAAGGUGAAGCUGAAGGCAAACCCGGCACUCCUGGGUGACCUGUAUUCUACGGACCCCCCCAGCUCGACUACCAGCCCGGCCGGCUGGAGCGGACUCGCUGCCAAGACUCCAGACAGAGGAGCCUCAAAGCCUGUGUCAGAAAUUGAGUCCAGUCCUGCAGAUUGGAGGUCGAGCCUCAAGCCCGUCUCAAAACCCGCUGGUUCUUCACAGCCCUCCGCUAAGCCAUUGAUUAAUGGAGCUGGAAAGACUUCAGGGUUCUCCGUCGGGCCUUCCUCGUCGUCCGCUCAUCCUCCCGGCCUGAGCAUUUCUGUCACUGCACCAGCAUCUAAAGAAAUAAAUGGCCCAGAAGAUGAAAUCACAAACGGCACAAAGUCAGAAUCAAAGAUCUCCAAGACAAAGCCCGACUACAUCCCCAAAGAGGCCAUCAUGAAGGAGCUUCAGGAGAUCGACGACCAGCUGAACGAGCUGGAGAAGAGGGGAGUGGAGCUGGAGAAGAGGCUUCGCAGGAGCGACGAAGGAGAGGGUGAGGACGACUCACUCAUGGAUGAGUGGUUCAACUUGAUCAGGAAAAAGCAGUUGGCCAUGCGCCGGGAGUCUGAACUGGUCUACAUAGGAAGAAACCAGGACCUGGAGGAGCAGCAGCCGACUGUUGAACAAGAGCUCAGGAGACUGAUGGAAAAACCUGAUCAUCUGAAAACAGCCAGGGACAAAAAGAGAGAAGAGGAGCUGAUGGCCAAACUGGUGGAGAUCAUCAACGACAGGAACUCUAUUGUCGAGGGUCUGGACGAGGACAGACUCAGGGAGGAAGAGGAGGACGAGGAGCUAAACAAGAUGAUGAAGAAUUUAAAUGUUAAGGACAAGUCUAAGACCAAGUCUCCGAUGUCCAAAGUGCUCAAAUGGUUGAAGAAGAAGGAAGAAUGAUGCUCUGCAAAACACGCCGCUGUUUCUCCUUCCUCUGAUGCUUUCGCUGCUUAGCGUCGGUGUGCUCAGCCUGUGAUUCAUGGGAUAACAUUGGAAAUAGUGCGCGCAGCGUGUGUGCAAUCAGCCGGCGUCAUCCAAAAUGUCCUUCCCUCUGUCGGCUACGUCACUCAAGAUCCGACGUUUCUCCAGCCUGCCGGCGUACCACACUUACACACACAGAUCAUUUUUUUUAAAGGGGUUAAUGACUCACUUGUCGUGAUGUGAUUGGGUUCAGUGCUCCAGUUGUUAGUUUUAAUCCCCUUCUAGUCUUAAUCUCUCAACUUAAUGCUCUCUCACACAUACGUUGCUGCUCCAACUGAAAUGUCUUGAAAUGUUGCUUGUACACAUUAACACAGUUGCUAAUAAGAGAACGAGACUCAUCAAAGAGGUCGGACAGAUGCUCUUGCUCCCUGGUCAGUCCAGGCUACACAACCACUAAAUAUGUCAGGAACUCCAGGGUCUCUGUCUGACCAUGUUGAUGUAUUUGUGCAUUUUUUUUUUUUUUUAUUUUGAACAAUUUCUUGCGUACAUUACUUUAAAGGGCAAACAUUCAUACGCUACUCUUCACAAUAUCAUCAAAACCUGCAGCACUGAAUGCUUUUAUUAAUAGUGGUUUCUACUAGUUCAUAACUAAAUGUCAAGCUGAAAAAAAAACCUUUUUUAUAUACACAAACGACAGAAAUAUGUAAUGAGGGAUAAAACAUGACAUGUGUACGUUUACCUUUUUCUGAGCGAAGUGAAUAUUCAGGAAAAAACUCUUGUCCUGGUAUCUCUGUCUCAUGGAGGUUUUAGUUUUCUAGUUUUCUGCUCAUGCACAUGAAGAGGGAUUUGGGCUGUUUUAAUGGCUGAAUAGAUGAAAAGAGUGAAUGAUUUGAUGUUGUCUGCAUAAUUUUUUGGUUGGUUGGCUGUUUGGGUCUUGAAUGGAAGAAAUGGUCCACAUUGGACCUGGAUUUGUACAUGUUUUUUGUUGGUUUGUUUUAAAUAUUUUUCACCUGAAUUAACUGUCUGCGUGUCCAAAUGAGAUAUUUUAUGUGUAAAUUAGUUCUUAAAGCACUAAAGCAACUUUUUUUCUCUGUAGCCAAACUGUUCAAUUUUAACAGAACUAGUUGGUAAUGCACAUAAUUAGACAUUGUGUAUAUACUGUAUGCUUAUGUUCUCAUGCAUUUGGCUGCAGCGGUCUGAAUAUUAAAUACAGAAACAAGCCUGGAUUUUAAAUGAAUUUGCUGCAUAGAAGUUAAUAAAAAGACGGCAAAAGCA